CUGGAAUAUUAUGGGUUUAAUUAAAAAUAGAUAAACACAAAACAAUAAAUUAAUUGUUAUAUUAUAAUUUUUUAAAAACAUAAUGGAAGUUAAUAUGGAUAUCAAUGAUAAUAUAACUGGAAUACAAGAUGAAUGCGAAUAUCUUUGUAAUGAGAUCGAUGAUGUAGUUAUAGAUAACAUAAUUAGUUCAUAUAGUGAUGAUUUUUAUUCAAUGCAGCAAUAUAACUCGCCGACACACGACACUCAAGCAGUUCAAAAUGUUAACCAAACUAAUAUAACGUAUGACUUCAAUCCAGAUGAGUUUUUAAAUUUUUUGCCAGAAAUACAAACCACAAAUGAAGUUAAUCGGACAACACCUUCACCAACAAAUAGUUCAUCUGCAGCUUCCUCAAUUAGUGAUUCUACAUUCCCUUGUGAAAAACUUGAACAAAAUUUAUGCAACAAUAUAUUCGACACUCCACCCAUUUCACCAGAAAAUGAAAAGGUUAAUAGUCCUAAAAACUAUAUGCAGUGCAAUAACUUGUUUUUUAAUGAAAAAAAAUCUCAGUUGAAAAAAUUUGAAAAUGCUACAACUGGAAAUCCUGCAAUCGGAGAUAUUAAAUGUACGAAACCUGUCGGAAAGUUAACAAAAAUAUGUUUUAAAAAACCCAACAAACUUAAAACAAACAAUGAAAAAACUAAAAUGAUUUUAUUGCCAGCCAAAGACUUCACAAAUUUUGUGAAAAAAUGUAAAAAUGAUAAUGAGGAGAGUAGUUUUCCUAGAGUUAUAAUAAAAUCCUCUGACUUUGCAAAAAAUCUCUUAACUAACACGGUUGAAAUUUCGAGUAAGAAUAAAUUUUCAAACAGUAUACAAUCAAAUCCACAUAUAAUACAACACAUUCCGGCAUAUGAAAAUUGUUCAUCUGUUACACCAACUGCAUCUAUAUUGCAAAAGAAAAUAGUUCCAAUACUUCCAGCUAAUAUGCAAAAUCAAAUAUUUUGCUUAAAUGAUAGUAAAUCUUCAGUAAAUGAAGAGCAAUUGAAAAGAUAUGAAAGAAUGAUAAAAAAUCGCAAAUCUGCUUCUUUAUCAAGGAUGAAAAAGAAAAUGUAUGUUUGCACACUAGAAAACAAGGUUAAAGAAUUAGGAAAAGAGAAUUGUAAUCUAAAGACGGAAAAUACUGUACUUAGAAGUCAACUUGAAACAUAUAAGAGCCAGUGUCGAUGUUCCAAUAAUCUUAAGAAAACUUACAACUUUAUUGAUUUAAGCGACAUAAAUGUAUUUAACAAAAGACCAACAAAACAUAUUACGAACAUUAAUAAGAUAUUGUUUAAUUCACCAAAACUAAAAAAGAAUACCGCUGUUUUGUUGGGUAUGCUUUUUAUGGUGACUUUAAAUUUUGGAACUUUUAACAAUUUUUUCUUACCUUCCAAAACUUCCCUAUCCAAAGAAGAAUAUUUAGAUUUAAACGUUGCAGGAGGAGAAAGAUUUUCAAAUUAUCAGUUUGAACAUAUUGGAAAAAGAAGUCUUCUUUGGGUCAAUGACGCUGAUACUAAAAAUAAUUCAAAGUCAGAUAAAUAUCAAAACUUAAUUAUGCAAAAAAACAAUUCAUCAAGAGCUUAUUGGCCUUGUCCUUUAAAUAUAAAUCAAACAGAAAAUGUGAGACUUGCUCAUACUUUGCAAAAGUGGAUUGACGAUAAUGAUUAUUUUAACUUAAGUUCAUCUUUUAAUAGACUAUCUAAUAUUCCUUCAAGUUUUAAAAAUGAUUUUCUUGCUUUUGAUGACUUAUAUGCAGAUUCUAUUUCGCACAUGGAAGACGUGAAACUAAAGUAUAGAGCAAACAAAAACUAUUUUUUCAACAAAAAUGGUUUUCAAAAGGGGAAUAAAAAGGCACAAUUAAAAAAGGGAAUUCGGAAUUUCAAAGGAGGAAAAGAUUAUGAAAAUGGAACUUUCGGACCUAAAACAAACGGAAAAUAUUCAAAAUUAUUCGAAAAUUUAAAUCGCCGAGAAGAUACCUUCUACAUAGUUUCAUUUAAUACAGAACAUAUACUUUUGCCAGCAUUUGCUUAUAAUAAAAGCUCAAGGCCUAAAAUGUCUUUAAUGUUACCUGAUGGUGAUUCCGUACUAAAUGGUAAAAUAACAUUAAUGCAAAUAGAUUGUGAAGUUGUUAAUACCACAGUAGUUGACUUAAAAGAAGAUUUAAUCCCUCAAGGUAUGCGAACCCCAACUGUUAAACUUAAUGAGAAUCCACAAAAAACCUUGAUUCCCGAUAUUAAUAAAAACUUGACUGAAAAUCGUAAUAAAAAUUUCAAAGCAAAAGCAUUUCAAAAUAUUUACAUGACUGUUUUAUCGAAACCAACAAUUGAACCCGACACGAAAAGCUCCAAUGAAAAUGAGUAUUCUUCUGAGGAAAAAAGGAAAAAAUCAAAUAAGCUAUAUAAGCCUUAUUUCAUGAAUAAUAAUUAAAUUUGAUGUAUUGUGCGUUUCAUUAGUAGAGCAAUAUUAGUGUUAUAUAGAGUUUAACAGAUUUUAAUUUACUAUUUAUACAAGUGAAAUUAAGAUAGUUAUUAGUUAUUAUAGGUCUAAGAUUUAAUCAUUUUAAAUCAAAAAUUGUCGAUCGUCGAUAGAUCUUAAUGAUUAAAAAAGCAUUUAAAACAAUUAAAAAUUAAAAAAAUAAGGCUUAUUAACGAAUUUUGA